AUGAAACAAUUACAAAAAUAUCGUAUUCAAAUUGCUUCGUUAAGUGAAACAGGCAUGUAUGAUUGUGGAGUAAAAUUAAUCAAUGAUUUUACAUGGAUUUUUUCCGGAUUACCAUCAGUAAAUAAAACUCGAAAAGCUCAUGGAGUAGCUGUUUGUUUGGACAAAGUUGCUGCUAAGGUAUGGAAAGAUUCUGGUUCGGAGUGGGAAGCAGUAAGUGAGAGGAUCGUAAAAAUUAGACUGAAAUGCUCAUUUGUAAAUGUAACUAUUAUUUCUAUUUAUGCUCCUGUGAAUCCAACUAACAACCAAAUGAAUGAUGACAGUCAAAAAUUCUAUAAUGACUUACAAGAUGUUAUCAAUCGAAUACCAACUGAAGAUAUGUAUAUUAUCAUGGGUGAUUUUAAUGCAAGAAUAGGAGGAAAAGAACAACGACAACAAAAUUUAUUUAAUAGUGUUGGUCCUUACACAGUAGACACUACAAAUGAAAACGGAGGAAAGCUGAUUGAUCUAUGUACAAUUAAUAAUAUUAUAGUUACGAAUACUUUCUUUAAACACAAAUUAGUACAUCAAACAUCAUGGAUGCAUCCACGAAGUAAACAAUGGCAUAUGCUUGACUAUACAUUAGUAAAUAAAAAAUUUAGAUCAAAUAUCGAAGAUUGUCGGAUGUAUAGAAAAGCUGCUGGUGCAAUUGGUACAGACCAUCAUUUAAUGCGAAUAAAAAUUAAACUACAUUUUAAAAGCAGAAGGAAAUUAGUUCAGAAGAAAGGAGUUUAUGUUUCUACAAAAAUGAAAAAUGUUAAUGCAUUAAAACAAUUUCAAAAAGAUCUCAUUCCAACACUUUCUGAUGCAACAGAUAAAUCAAUAAGUAUUGAUGAAAAAUAUGAUCGAUUUGUUGAACACAUGAAAACAAAUGCAGAGAAAAUCUUCAGAAUAGAUAAGAACAAAAUUCGUAAACGGAAAGAAUGGCUCACUGAUGAAAUAUUAGAAAUUGUAGAGAAGAAAUCAACAACUUUUGUUAAUUGGCAAAAUCAUCGAGGAACAAAAUUAGAAACUGAUUAUGCUAAUAAAUAUAAACGUUUAAGAAAAUUAGCAAAGAUCAAAAUUGAUAAACGUCAGGAAGAGUAUUGGGAUGAAACAUGUGAAGAGAUUAAAGCAUCUAUUAAAUUAAAUGAUCCAGCAAAUGCUUUUAAUAUUAUUAGACGACUUACUGGUAAAAGGAAGAGGGUGGAGAAUAUGCCUAUUAAAGAUAAACAUGGAAAAUUGAUCUUAAAUGCAACUGCUCAAUUAGGACGAUGGAGAGAAUUCUUUGAUGGUGUACUUAAUGUUGCAUCAUCAGUAGAUCCUCAAUUAAUUGAUCAAAUUAAAAUAAAAAGAAUAAAAAAGAAGGAAGAAGAACGUCAAAAUGUCCAACCUACAAUACCUGAGGUAAGGAAAGCUUUAAAUCAGAUGAAGCUAAGGAAAGUACCCGGUAACGAUGAGAUUACUGCUGACCUUCUUGAAGCCGGUGGUGAACCAGUUAUCAAGUGGUUACAUGAAAUUUUCAGUGAUAUAUGGGAACGGGAAGAAAUGGUAGCGGAAUGGAAUUUAGCAAUUUUGAUUAAAUUAUUUAAAAAAGGUGACAAACAAUUAUGUGACAAUUACAGAGGUGAUCGUAUGUCAAAUGAUAAAAUUUUAGAAAUCACUGGACAGCCACCAAUUGAAAAUAUUUUAUGUCGAAACAGAGCUGUGAAUCGAAGAAAUGAUGACUUGGCUGCUUCCCAUGGAGUGACCAAAAGAAAAAUAAUAGAAAUUCUUGUUAAAAAUGCAAAUAAUCAUUAUGUAUGUCCUGGUUGUGGAAUUCAAUUUAAACCUCAAGGAAUUACGAACCAUGUAAAGUCGUGUAUUAAUGCUCAAGUUUGGUGCAAGAACAAUCAAAUUAAAUGA